GAACCAACACCCCACACACUACAAUCGUUCGCCCGCUGCUCGUACCAGCACUAGCACUAGCACAACACACACUUCCCCUUUCUAUUUCCUUUGUAUACAAUUCCGUCACCAUGAAGACUCCGGAAUCUGUCCUCAAGAAAGAAGCGACGCAGGCCAAGAUCCAAAAGGCGCAGGCGGAAGCCACCACGGCGGCAACGGCGCAGGGGGUGGCCGACCGGGAGGCCUUUGCGAAACAGGCCCAGACCUACCAGGACGAGUACGCCGCCGCGGAAAAGGCCGCGGUGGACAAUCGUCGGGCCGCCAAGGUCGCCGGGGGUUUCUACGUACCCGCCGAACCCAAGCUUGCGCUCAUUGUCCGAAUCCGGGGUACCAUUGGCGUCUCGCCCAAGGCCAAGAAGGUCAUGCAGCUCUUCCGCCUCCGGCAGUUGCACAACGCGACCUUUGUCAAACUCAACGAAGCCACCAUCCGCAUGCUGCGACUCAUCGAACCCUACGUCACCUACGGUUACCCCACACGCGCAACGGUGGAAAAACUUAUUUACAAACGCGGCUUUGGCAAACUUCACAAGCAACGCAUCGCCAUUGCCGACAACACCGUCAUUCAGGAAGGACUCGGACAGUACAACAUUCGCUGCACCGCCGAUCUCGUUCACGAAAUCAUCACCGUGGGACCGCACUUUAAGCAAGCCAACAACUUUUUGUGGCCCUUCAAGCUGUCCAGUCCGCGUGGAGGAUUCUCCAGCAAGACCAAGCUGUUGCACUUUUUGGAAGGCGGUGAAGCCGGUGCCCGUGGUGACGAAAUCAACAAGUUUGUCAAGAAAAUGCUCUAAGGAUUUUUUAAGCGCGAACCCGCCUUUUUACACUGUAAAUCACUCGAAAAGGUUCCGACCCCGGGCGCAAUGCUCGGGGCGGUCGUUUGCCUAGCUAGGAAUGUGCCUUUUUUUAUGGACUGUACGGGUUGUCGUCUCUAGAGCCUAACAUUGCUUGGUUUUG